AUGCCUCACUUUGCAAACCCUCUUUUAAGAAACAUCAUUACCAGAAAUCCAUUUGAUAGCAUCAGGAGGAACCAAUGUCUCCAAUAUUUGAAAACCCUGAAAAUGCUGCAAUAUGAUGGAUUUAAGACCAUCUAUUUUGGAGAAACUGAUAUCGCUGAAAGUCUUAUAACUGGAGAAGACCUUAGUGAUGGGUAUUUCAUGCAAACUCCAACUUGGUGUAUUGUGCAUGCUGGUAGUAGUCAAGGAUGGGUGCCUUGGAAGUAUCGGAAGUUCCUAAGAGAUGAGUUAUGCAUCAGACAGGAAGACAGCCUCUUCGUUGAGUUCUGUGAUGUGGUGAAGAAGGCCUAUGGGAAGUGUGCCAUUGUGGUCAAAGAGAGAAGGCAGCAGGACAAGAUGAAGCCAAACGAAGAUGAAGAGCCAGAGGCCCAGGUCCAUGCCCCAUCAGUCAUCAACUUAACAAGCACUGUAUGUUGCCCUGAGGUAGCCAAGUCCUGUGGCCAUGAACUACUCUCUCUGCCUUCCCCUUACAAUUACCUAAACCCUUUAGACACAGCCUGGUCUUCUCUGAAAUGGUUUAUCAUCAAUAGCAGAAAGGAGUUUUGUUUGCACUACAUUGACAGUGUCUAUUCUUACCAGUAUAUACUUCUCAGCGAUUUAAUUAACAAAGGGAUUGAAAGGAUAAACCCAAGCAAAUGGAAAACAAUAACCAACAAAGUACGGAGAUGGGAAAACUACUAUCUUGGUAAAUUUUCUUAA